AUAACUCAUAAAUACACUAUAUUGCCAAAAGUAUUGGGACACCCCUCCAAAUAAUUGGAUUCAGGUGUUCCAAUCACCUCCAUGGCCACAGGUGUAUGCAGACUGCUUCUACAAACAUUUGGGAAAGAAUGGGUCGCUAUUGGGAGCUCAGUGAGUUCAAGAGUGGUACUGUGAUAGGUUGCCACCUGUGCAAUAAGUCCAUCCGUGAAAUUUCCUUGCUACUAAAUAUUCCACGGUCAACUGUAAGGGGUGUUAUAACAAAGUGGAAGCAACUGGGAACAACUGCAACUCAGCCACAAAGUGGUAAGCCACGUAAAAUGACAGAGCGGAGUCAGCGCAUGCUGAAGCGCACUGUGUGCAGAAGUCACCAACUUCAAUAGCUAAAGACCUCCAAACUUCGUGUGACCUUCAGAUUAACACAACAACAGUACAUAGAGAGCUUCAUGGAAUGGGUUUCUAUGGCCGAGCAGCUGCAUCCAAGCCUUACAUCACCAAGUGCAAUGCAAAGCAUUAGACGCAGUGGUGUAAAGCACACCGCCACUGGAGUCUAG